AUGGAUGUAAAGGAUAGUCUCGGUGAGUUUUAUUUCGACGACCUGUCAGAGUGUCUUGACUGCCGUUUAACAAGUAGUACUGAUGACGGAAGUGAUAGCAGUAAUAUAGCCAUUCGAAAGCGACGUUCUUUACCGCUCAUAUACAGUGAUUCAGAGGACAAGGACAUGAAUAAUAAUGUUGAAGACAACAACGAAAGCAUAAUGGAUAUUGUGAAUUUAUUUAUUGGAAGUGACCUGAUUAAGCACUUCGUGAGGGAGUCUAAUAGAUAUCAUUAUGAAAUUGUAGAAAAAGAUAAAAUUACAUCAAAAACGAAAAAAAUGGAAAGAGACGUCACGGUUACUGAAAUGAAGAAAUUUUCGGGCCUGAUCAUUUUCAUGGGACAAGUAAAGGACGUUCUCUACGAUUAUUGGUCUACAGACCCAUCUAUAGAAACGCCGUUCUUCUCGAAGGUUAUGAGCAGAAACAGACUUUUACAAAUAAUGCAAAGCUGGCAUUUCUGUCAUAAUAACGAUAUUCCUCCCAAUUCGCAAAGGCUGACGAAGAUGCAGCCUGUCAUUGAAUAUUCUAAGGAAAAAUUCAACAACGUAUAUAAACCAGAUCAACAAUUGUCUCUAGAUGAAUGUUCAAAUCCGUGGAGAAGUAGACUGACAAAUAAAACAUAUAAUCCGGCAAAAAUAACAAGAUAUGGAAAACUGUUUGGGUGCUGUCUGAAGCUCGUAUGGAAUAAUGGCAAAAGGAAUGUAAACAUGAUGUCGACAAUAGAUUCUGCACAAAGAGCGGAAUCUAGAAACAGAAGCAGGACAUCAGAUUGCCUCAUACAGAAGCCUAUCUCAAUAAUGGAUUAUAAUGAAUAUAUGAAGGGCGUAGGUCGCGCAGAUCAAUAA